AUGUUUUCAAGUUUUGGUUCCUCAAUAUAUGGGUCUGCAUUUGGAUCAUCAGGGUUUCCAAGUAAUAAGUUUGAAGAAUACUUUCGAUGUUACCCAAUUGCUAUGAUGCCCGAUUUGAUUCGAAAAGACGAUGCAAAUUAUGGUGGCAAGAUUUUUUUACCGCCAUCAGCUUUGAAUAAGUUGACUAUGCUACACAUAAGGUACCCUAUGUUGUUUGAAAUAAAGAAUGAACAGAAUGAGAAGUUGACACACUCUGGUGUUUUGGAAUUUACUGCUGAAGAAGGAAGAACGUAUUUGCCACAAUGGAUGAUGAAUACUUUGGAGCUUUCCCCUGGCUCUUUGAUCAAAAUCACCAAUUGUGAUUUGAAUUUGGGAAAGUUUGUUAAAAUUGAACCUCAGAGUGUCGAUUUUUUGGAUAUAAGUGAUCCUAAAGCAGUUUUAGAGAAUGUCUUGAGAAAAUUUUCAACUUUAACUGUGAAUGAUGUUAUUGAAGUUAAUUAUAACGAUGCUAUAUACGGGAUAAAAGUUUUGGAAGUCAAACCUGAAAGCCCAUCUAAAGGUGUAUGUGUGGUGGAGACAGAUUUAGAAACCGACUUUGCACCUCCAGUGGGAUAUGUCGAGCCGGAGUACAAGCCAAAGACAGUUGAACCUCAGAGCACACCAAUUGACCCUUCAAAAGUGAACAAAAGUGCAGGUGCUGCUACCAUGGCUAAAUCGAUAAACUAUGCUAAAUUAGUUGCUGAGGGCGGGAAAACCACAAAGUUUUCUGGAAGUGGCCAAAAGUUGUCUGGAAAAUCCAUUGACAUGGAUAAAGACCAAACUACAAAGAACUACCGAAUUGACGAUUUGGAUCCAGAUGCAGUACCUGUUCCAUUAACGUUGCCUGAAAACCAGUUAUUUUUUGGUUUCCCGGUAGUAUUACCGACACAAGAGGAAAUUGAUGAAGGGACCAAAGAAGAAUUAAGGAAACAAGAGGCGUUUUCGGGAUCAGGACAAUCAUUGAGACAGAGUAAGAAAAGAAAAGACAAAAAUACCAACUAUCCUCCACUAAAAAAUCAUACAAGAAGUCCAGAUGUCAUUGAGAUCGACUAA